AUGUCCCAACUCCUACACACCACCCAACCACUCAGCAGCACCAACUCUUGUACAUUCGUUCAUGAUCCUUCUUCUUUAAACACCAACUACUUUACUUUUAUUCAAACAUGUUUCAGUAAUCUUCUCUCCUAUUUGCUACAUUCCAUUCAAUACUUGUCUGAAUGUAUCAAGUCUUUUUGGUUGUUAAUCUUUCCGAAACGCACUCCACUCACUCUCACUCCCGAUAUGUGUUUUGAAGUUUUGAAAUUUCUCUCUCCUUCUGAAUUGUAUCAAUGUAUGCAAUCAGGCCGUUUUUUAUAUCAAGUAGUGAUUCAAUACUCGGCACUGGCUCCAUAUUACUCUCCGAGAGGCCUUCAACUUUGCCUCAAAAACCCUGAAAGCUAUCAAUUGUGUUUGAUCUCAAUAUUAGAAUCAUUAGGCAGCUGCAGUAACUAUACAGUUACAUACUCCAUCGAUGGGUCAUUGUCCAAUUCAUCGGGACGGAAAGUAAAGCCUUGUUUGAUUUUGAUCAAGGACGAUUUAUUACAAAUCAUGUAUCACGGAUUCAAAUUACAAGAACCAAGAAUUGUAUUUUCAUCGUUGCAUCUCCUACUCCAAACUCCCUUUCAGAAUCAUGAUACCAAUGAUCUUGAUGAUCCUCAUCGAUUUUCUUGGCAUGAUCUUUCCAAAGUAUUCAGUUACUUUUACUACUCUGAGAUUGUUUCUCCCGAAAUAUUUAGAAAUCUAAUGAGCCAUCCAGCCAUUCAACCCUGGUGCGAAGAUUUUAAGAAUCAUGUAGUUUCCAAUGGUAGCAUGUACAACAAACAAGUAAUUUUAAACUUGUUACGAAAUCCUCAAUUAUUUGAAAUUUCGAAUGAGGAUUUCCUUCGAGUUUGUGAAGGUGUAUACGACUUGUAUUGUAAUGAAAUGGAUUUACUCCAAAGAUUGUGGAGUUUUAAAAAAGGGAAAAAUCUCAUUUUGACAGAUUUUAGUCUCGUGGGAGAUUCCCAUCAAACGAUUGAUAUUCUAUUGUGGAUGAACGCAAAAGAAAGAAAGAAAGUAUUACCAGAAAUAGUGAAGAAGAUGUCAGUGAACUGGAAAAAAGCAUUAUUGGCUCGUUCUCCAGUAUUAUUUCAGGAGUUUUCAUGGCCAUUCUUUGAGUCUGCCAAGAAAAAUUUCCAACAUGGACUCAUGUUGAAAUGUUUAACAUUGGAUUCCAAAUUUCUAUGUGAUUUGAAUUGUCAUGAUUUUGCAAUGGAAUUGAUUGUGUUCAGACGAUUCCUAGUACUGGCCAAGUUCUUGGAUUGGUGUUAUGAUUUCCAAAAACAGGAAAAUUAUGGAUCGCGUGCAGCGUUUGUGCGUCAUCAUGUUCAAAAUCAUAUGCUGGCUAUGCUUCAGGUUCCAAACGCAAGAAGUUUAUUGUUACUAGUGCUAGAACGGGCUUUCCCUCUUGGAUCAUUUGAGUUCAGCAAUUAUUUGGGAGGGAGCCGAGAUUAUUACCAAUUAUCCAGAACACAGAAGGAAAAAGAAGGAUUAAUUGUGUUGAUAGAAACCAUUCAUCGACUCUUUCCAUUGUCUCUUCGUAUGAAUCAAAAUCAUGAAAAUAGUGAGCAAGAUGAAGUCAUGAAAAAAGCAAUGCAAUUGGAAAAUGAUGACAUUAGGCAAACACUGGUAGAGAUCCAAAAAGAAGUGUCAUCUCGUACAAAUUCAACAAACGAAAAAGAUGACAAGGAAGAAAUGGAAGAAACUCCUCAUUUCAUUGAAACUGAAGAUCAGGUUUGGAUUUCCACACACCGCACUCUUCUAGAAACAUUCGACAAGAAAAAAGUUGUAGGUCUAAGGAAACUCUUUUUUGGUGACGACUGGAUCGAUGACCAGUAG